UCAGUUAGCCAUGAAUGUCCCUGGAGGUGCUUUGGCAUCAGUGGAGGGCCCCUGUCUUAAGACAGGAACCCUGUUUGCUAAAGACCAGAAAAUACAAGGAGAUUUGGAAGAAAGCUCUGAUCUAGAAGAAUCAGGAUUUUCUUUCCAAACAGUUAUGGUAGAGCUUAAAGAAAAUCAAAAAACUCUAAAACUUACUUCCCAGAAAGCCCAGAAGCAGCAGCAUGAAAAGAUGAAAGACAUCGCAGGCACUUCAACAUUGUCUUCCAGUUCAAACAAUGAAAAGGAGAGCAUGGACGCUAAGCGUCCUAUAGGAUGUUUGGAUAUGGGAGAAACCAGCAGUUCGCAGUCAGAAGUGUCCACCGAAACAGAGGAGGUCUGUGACCAGAAGGUGAAAGGAAUUCAUCUUGAGCUUGAGAGGCUGAGGUGGCAUUUUGUGCUGACUAAACUGAAAUGUGAACAGGAGGAUAAGGAAAAGCAAAGGCUUCAUGAAGAGAGAAUGGAGCAGAUUCGUCAUCAGGCAGUAAAAGGAUCGGUCAGCGAAGGACUCCAAAACGUUCUCCAGCCCUCGAACCAAUAUGCCUUGUUCCUUUACUGCUUCAUCGUCUUUCAUGUUAUUUAUACUUUAAAGGAGCUGGUCUUCUACGUUUUCCAAAUGCAUUACCUGUUCUGUUUUGCUAUUGUGUACUACAUUCUUAAAAUUAUUUUCCAAGAUUACAGAAAUAACAAUAAAUUUUCUUAAGAAAAGCUGCUUGUUCUACUCUUUUUGCCGCAUUUUUGCUGCUUUUUUAUUAUCACUACGCCAAUCAUACAUGCAGGAUUUCAGUAUCAUUACAUGCCUAUUUAAGGAAAACCAACUGAUUUCCUGAAGAAAAUUGUCACUGAAUGGCAUCAUCUGGUUUCAUGCUGUCUCACCAACAUGUUUAGCAUCAUUCCGGAGCGUUCAUCCAUGCAAAUAAAGGUACACACAAUAAGAAAUCAUUUUGGAACAUUUUCUAUUUUAUCUCGCCUCCUUGGAUUAGCACAGUGACUUGAUCUUACCUAUAAUGAAUU